GCUGUUUUGACCUUCCCCAUUAUAGCCUAUGGGCGAACGUUGAAACAGCGUCGAAACGGCAAAACGUUUCAGCAUGUCCCGUUUUGUUUUGAGGCUGUUUUGACCAUAUCUGUUUCAUUUUGAUUUUGCUGUUUCAACCUCGAAAUAGGUUGAAACAGCGUUGAAACAAAACUGGUGGCAAAAUUUUGCAUCGCCUUAUAAUUAAAUCCCCUCUCGGUCUUCUCUUAUCCAGACAAAAUAAUCCCAGUUACCUUAGUCUCUCAUCAUAAAUCAUGUUCCCCAUCCCUCUAUUUGCAUUGCACUCUCUAUCGUUCACAUCCUUUUCAUAGUGGGGGACCCAAAUCUGGACACAGUACUCCAGAUGCGGCCUCACCAGUGCCAAAGGGGCCAAAGGGGAAUAUUUCCUAUUGGUGCAGCUGACCUUUUCAUCCCCGCACAUGGCAUGAGGCUGAGUCGUAUGCAACCUGGAGACAGGGAGAUGGAGAUGCGAGUAACUAGGAUCUCCCUACCCUGUGGCUGGCUCAGAAAUGGUCAUAACUUGGGGAAGCGAGACCCACCCUACACCUCUCUGAGUCAGUUCAUCCUACUGCCCAAGGGGUGCCUGGAUCAGUGCCAGUACCUCUAAAGGAGACAGGCCCCCUGCUUCAGUUUUCAGCUCUUUCAGAAGCCAGAAAAUCUUCAAGCCUGAUUCUGAUCCCAUGACUUACAACUUAUGUACAAGUGGCAGUGGACUGGGACAAGCUGAUAGCAACAGCUGUUGGCAUGUGGGGAGGGCAGAUAAGAGCACGGGUGCAAUGAUGCUAUCUAUGUAGAGGCAGGGGUGUGGUGGGGUGGUACUAAAGGCCCAUCUACAUAGAGCUGGAUGCAGAUUUGUCCAAAGGGGAACAGGAGAAGGGCUGAAAAGCAGAAAGGGGGAAGGACUGAGAGAAAGAAGGCUCCUGGAGGAGGUGAAGUCAGUGAGAAAAGGGAGAGGAGUCAUCAGUAGGUAAGUAAACAACUUUAGUCACUCUCUUUCCUGAGGGUAUCUGAGCUAGUUCAGAUCUCAGGUCUGUUACCUCCGGGUGGAUCUUCCCACAAAGAAGCCAUCUUUUUUCCUUGCCGGGCAAGAAAUAUCUUCAGAGGGCAUCCCCCUGGGGUAAGUGACAGGAGAUCUGUGCUUGGGAUGUGGUAGCAAGAUGCUGUGAGUUAAGAGUGAGGGGCACUGGCAAAGAUUGUGUGUGCGGGGCUCUUGGAUCACAGAAUGAGAUAGCAGGGGCCUGUGGGGAGGACAGGGGAGAAGAACAGGAAUGGAGUUGGGUGGUCUGAGGACAUUAGGCAAAGUUUUGAUGGUUGGAAAAUGCUUUCUCCCAUAAUCCUUGUCUUCCAGCCACAGGCAGCAAUGACACGUUCCAAGCCUGCCCCGGUAGACCACAUCUUCAGCAGCCAUGAUGGGGACAUCAUCGUCCGCUCUGACCUUGGUUGCUACCUGCUCCUUUCUGCCCUCCCCACCUCACCAUGCCUCAAGAUGCACCUCUUGCACCCCUCCCUUUGUGGUGGGGACCACUACUUCGGCUCCCGUUGGCACUCCUCCCUAUAUGUUAUCCAUGGCAAUACGUAUGUGGAGGCCACAGACCUGAGUGAGGGGCCAGUCACGCAGGCCCAACAGCUCCACCCCACAUGCCGUGGGGGGCACCAGUACUUUGCCAUCCCUGAAGGGUUCCUCAUUGCCUUCCCAGAUACUGUGCGGCUUGUGAAGAACCUGAGAACUGGGCAGCAAGCUGCUGACCAGGCUCUGAAGCUGCCCCAGCGACCUGAAGAACAUGGAGUCCUAAGUUAUCUUUACUGGUAUGUCCCGGACUACGUCAACAACAGCUUCUUCUCUUUCCACCCACGCGUGAUGGACUUCUUCCCUGGGGAACUCGGCCAAGCCCAAGGCACCUGGGAGGUCAUUAAGACCCUCCACAAGAACUCUAACUCCCUCAUCAGCCAGUCUUUCAAGCCACAGGCAGCAAUGCCACCCUCCAAGACUGCCCCUGUAGUCCACAUCUUCAGCAGCCGUGAUGGGGACAUCAUCGUCCGCUCUGACCUUGGUUGCUACCUGCUCCUUUCUGCCCUUCCCACUUCACCCUGUAUCAAGAUGCAACCCUUGCACCCAUCCCUUCAUGGUGGGGACUACUACUUUGGCUCCCGUUGGCACUCCUCCCUAUAUGUUAUCCAUGGCAAUACGUAUGUGGAGGCCACAGACCUGAGUGAGGGGCCAGUCACGCAGGCCCAACAGCUCCACCCCACAUGCCGUGGGGGGCACCAGUACUUUGCCAUCCCUGAAGGGUUCCUCAUUGCCUUCCCAGAUACUGUGCGGCUUGUGAAGAACCUGAGAACUGGGCAGCAAGCUGCUGACCAGGCUCUGAAGCUGCCCCAGCGACCUGAAGAACAUGGAGUCCUAAGUUAUCUUUACUGGUAUGUCCCGGACUACGUCAACAACAGCUUCUUGUCUUUGUACCCAGACGUGAAGGACUUCCUCCCUGGGGGACUCGGCCAAGCCCAAGGCACCUGGGAGCUCAUUAAGACCCUCCACAAUAACUCUAACUCCCUCAUCAGCCAGUCUUUCAAGCCACAGGCAGCAAUGCCACCCUCCAAGACUGCCCCUGUAGUCCACAUCUUCAGCAGCCGUGAUGGGGACAUCAUCGUCCGCUCUGACCUUGGUUGCUACCUGCUCCUUUCUGCCCUUCCCACUUCACCCUGUAUCAAGAUGCAACCCUUGCACCCAUCCCUUCAUGGUGGGGACUACUACUUUGGCUCCCGUUGGCACUCCUCCCUAUAUGUUAUCCAUGGCAAUACGUAUGUGGAGGCCACAGACCUGAGUGAGGGGCCAGUCACGCAGGCCCAACAGCUCCAUCCCACAUGCCUUGGGGGGCACCGGUACUUUGCCAUCCCUGAAGGGUUCCUCAUUGCCUUCCCAGAUACUGUGCGGCUUGUGAAGAACCUGAGAAUUGGGCAGCAAGCUGCUGACCAGCCUCUGAAACUGCCCCAGCGACCCGAAGAACAUGGAGUCCUAAGUUAUCUUUACUGGUAUGUCCCGGACUACGUCAACAACAGCUUCUUGUCUUUGUACCCAGACGUGAAGGACUUCCUCCCUGGGGGACUCGGCCAAGCCCAAGGCACCUGGGAGCUCAUUAAGACCCUCCACAAUAACUCUAACUCCCUCAUCAGCCAGUCUUUCAAGGUACUCUGCAAGAUGGGCUUCGCACAAGAGAUAUUGGCCAAAGUUGGGCAUGACUGGAACAUUUCUUUGCCAGGUUGUGAUGAGCCAGAAGCCCUGGGCAUGAUUCUGGCCAAAGCCCAGUUCUCCUUGCCGGCUCAGUACGGUGGGUUGGGGCUCAACACAGAGCAAGAAGACUGGCCCCACCUUAGGGAGGAGGAAAAGAUCCUCAAGCUUUCACUGAAACCCCGACAGAAGGCCUACAUAUGGCAGUAUCAGCUUAGCCUGGACAACAAAAUCAUUUUGUUCUGUCAUGAUCUCCAGGUGACCCACGAUCCCAGAGCACCAUUGGAGGUGCCCCUGUCUUCUUCAUCUUCUUAGCCCCACCCUAGGACCUCUUGGUGUGGCUUGAGCAACAUUAAGCUGUGCUGUGUGAGAAGUAACACCUGUUGGUCAUAACUUGACAAUUAGUCCUUGAGAAGCAAGCCUGGGAAUCAGAUCCUUUUGGGUUCUUUGGGAAGAGAAAAGGUCUUUGAGUGCAGGAGGAACCUUUUCCUGCUACACAUAAGUGGCCUUUCAGCUGCAAUCAUUGCUAACUUGCACCCUUUGCACUGUCAUGGUUUGGAAAGCCAAUAAGGAGGAGUUGGAGGUCACGUCAGAACCAGAAAAUUGCCACACAUUGACCCUAAGACUGGGUUAUCUUUUAUCAGACAUGGACAGUGUGUCCUGGACUCUGAAUAUCCCACUGUGGUUAUUACUAUUACUUGCAGGGCUAUGUGACUGUGAAGCUCAGCUAGAACUGAAUUAAAUGACUUCUUGGCUCCGCUUGCUUCCUGGGGGCACAUGCACUGGGCCAGGAACAAGGAGAUGCGUGAGUUCUCAAACUACUUCUGUCUGGUUGUGGUGUAGUUUGUGCUCCUUUGCGUAGAGGUCACAGGCAUUGAAACUGGCACUCUGAACACAAAAGCAGCCCCCCUGCUCCAAAUCCCACCCAGGCUGCUUCUCAAAUAAGGCUACAGUUUCAAGCUGGAGAAGAUAACAAUGCUCGUUUCUGUUAGCUCUGCCUGUCUGUACCAUAGCAAGUGGGACAGGGUUUGAACCUGCAUUUCUACCACAGCUGGCACAAUGAGCCCCUAGACUAGGUCUUUGUUACCAUAAUGCAAAUCAUAUUGAAAAAUGAUGACAGGGAGGAUUGAAGCCCUAAGCUAAAGACAUUGGUAGAGGACUGAUGUGUUGCAAGCAUUUAAACAAGGCACCUGCCAGUUCCAAGCCAUCCAAAACUGAAACCAGCUUUCACCCUCAGGAAAAGCAGAAUCACUGGAUGGCCUUGAAAAUCCCCAAUGUGCGAUGGUAAAUCCUGAGAUUAUAUUCACUUUUGAAAACCCCGGAUCAUCAUUAAAUAUCUCCAGACUGCAUUUUUACAUCAGCCAGUUGUGUUUGAAAGUCCUGUGGAUGGGACUGAUGAGCCCAACAUUGUAUUGGGCAAGUGAGACUUUUGUGUGUCAAUCAUUAGAUUGUGUUUGCAAAUUGUGAGAUAUUAAAAACAAAGCAAAUCAAAAUAAAAAGACACAUUGGUUUUGG